UGGAUACACUUUAAAUAGUAACUUUGAGCGGACACGUUUAUACGAAUGAGCCACAAAUCCUCAAUGUGUAACAGCGCGCGUGUAUAAUCGCUCGGCCCAGCCUUAAAAGCAUCUUCAUCUAAUGAGGGGGGAAGAAAGAUGCCGCUGUAAAACUUUUCAAUGCUUUAACGAGAGAGAGAGAGUUGCCACGAUGGGUGAGAAAGACAGAACAGAGAGAAGAACUUUUUGUACUAUCCUACAUCAACAACGAGGAUAAGCAUGAUUACAUAGAUACCAUCUUUACUUGUUCGAGAAAAAGUUUGGCCAGUUUUGGGGCGAAGUAUGGCGCGAGAGAUUGGAGAGUCUGGAGAAGCCACAAGUGCCAAAGUGAAAAAGCAUAAAAGAAGGAAAAGCAAAAAGGAGAGCAAAACAAGGACUGUACACGCCAACAUUUUGUAUGACCAUACCAAAGGAGGGGAUAACCCCAAUAGACACUAUGCAGACAAUAAGAUCAAAACCACAAAAUACACUCUGCUUUCUUUUCUACCAAAGAACCUAUUCGAGCAGUUCCAUCGAUUUGCCAACGUGUAUUUUGUUUUCAUCGCCUUACUGAAUUUUGUGCCUGUGGUCAAUGCUUUUCAACCAGAGUUGGCUCUUGCCCCUGUGGUGUUUAUUUUGUCUGUUACGGCUAUCAAGGAUUUAUGGGAGGACUACAGACGCCACCGUUCGGAUAAAGAAAUAAACCAUGUGGACUGUCUCGUUUACAGUAGGAGUGAGAAACACUAUGUGGAGAAAUACUGGAAGGAGGUGCGGGUUGGAGACUUCAUUCGUCUGCGCUGCAAUGAGAUUCUGCCUGCGGACGUUCUGCUGCUCAGCUCCAGCGACCCAGACCACCUGUGUCACAUUGAGACGGCCACACUGGACGGAGAGACCAACCUCAAACAGAGGCAGGUGGUGCGCAGCUUCAUCGACCUGGACUGCGAGUUUGACCCAUUAAAAUACAACAGCAUUAUUGAAUGUGAGAAGCCCAACAAUGACCUCAAUAGGUUUCGAGGAUACAUAAUCCAUCACAGUGGUAGGAGAGAUGGGCUUUACAAAGACAAUCUGCUGCUCAGGGGCUGCACCAUACGCAACACAGAGGAAGCUGUUGGAAUCGUCGUCUAUGCAGGUCAUGAGACGAAAGCUAUGUUAAACAACAAUGGCCCUCGCUACAAACGCAGCAAGUUGGAGCGGCAAAUGAACAUAGAUGUGUUCUGGUGUGUCAUCAUACUCCUGGUCAUGUGCCUCUUUUCUGCAAUUGGGCACGGCCUCUGGAUGUUUCAGUAUGGCGAUAAGCGGCCAGUCUUUGAUGUCCUGAGUCCAGAAGGAACAGACAUGUCUCCAGUGGUUUUGGCCAUUUAUCUCUUCCUGACCAUGAUAAUAGUAUUCCAGGUGCUGAUCCCAAUCUCGCUCUUUGUCUCCAUUGAAAUAGUAAAGAUAUGCCAAGUGUACUUUAUCCAUCAGGACAUGGAGCUGUAUGAUGAGGAGACAGAUUCUCACCUGCAGUGCAGGGCUCUGAACAUCACUGAAGAUCUGGGCCAGAUGCAGUACAUCUUCUCUGACAAGACUGGCACGCUCACAGAAAACAAGAUGGUGUUCCGGCGUUGUACUGUGGCAGGAGUGGAGUACUCGCAUGAUGCCAAUGCGAGAAGGCUUGCUAUGUACCAGGAGGUAGACUCUGAGGAGGAGGACUGUACAUCUCAUGGUGGAACCCUCCCACGUAGGGACAGUGUCGCCAGUCACCAGAGCGGAAAAGUGGUGUUGCGAUCACAGAGCACCAAAUCUCACCGUCGCACCGGGAGCAGAGCAGAAGCCAAACGGGCCAGCAUUCUAUCCAAACACACCGCCUUCAGCAGCCCCAUGGAGAAGGACAUUACCCCGGAUCCUCAGCUCAUGGAUAAGGUGAAUGAGUGUAGCUGUCAGAUGGAGUUCAUGCGUUUCCACAGUCAGCCCCUGAACAAGAUUCCCCCUGACCUGUGUGACGUCUUUGACUUUUUCAUCGCCCUCACCAUCUGCAACACUGUUGUUGUGUCCUCGCCCAAUCAACCCCGGCAGAAGGUGCGUCGAUACGAGUUGAAGUCUCCAGUGAAGACCAUAGAGGACUUUAUCAAACGCUUCACCCCGAGUCGCCUGACCUCUGGCUCCAACAGCAGCAGCUCCUCCAGCUUGGCUACCAACCGUUCCUCCUCUCACAGGGUGGGCUCCAGCAUGCUGUCCUCCCCCUCGGCCGAGGGCACGCUCUCCAAGCUGAACGGAGAGAAGCCUCCAGAUCGUAACCUGCAGCAUGCCUUCAGCCCCGUCCCACCCAACUACGAUAAAACAAAAGCCCUGGCUCCCGAUGAGUGCGAGCUCAGAUUUGAGGCAGAGUCACCAGACGAGGCAGCACUAGUUUACGCAGCCCGGGCCUAUAAGUGUGCUCUGAUUGGUCGUUUACCCGAUCAGGUGACUGUGGAGCUUCCACACUUGGGUAAACUAAGCUUUGAGCUGUUACACAUACUUGGGUUUGACUCCACAAGAAAGAGGAUGUCGGUGGUGGUCAAGCACCCCCUAACUGAGCAAAUCACAGUCUACACCAAAGGUGCUGAUUCGGUCAUCAUGGAUUUGAUCAGACCGGCCACAGAUGAUGUCAAAGGAAAACGACAAAGGAAAGUCUUGUAUAAAACGCAAAACUACUUAAAUCUCUACGCCGCAGAUGGUCUGAGAACUCUCUGUAUCGCCAAAAAGGUCCUCAGUAAGGAGGAGUAUGCCAGUUGGCUACAGCACCACCUGGAGGCAGAGACAGCAAUACAGAGAAGGGAGGAUCUGCUUUUUGAGUCUGCUUUACGCCUAGAGACCAACCUUCACCUAUUAGGAGCAACAGGUAUUGAGGACAGACUUCAGGACGGGGUUCCAGAGACCAUCGCCUCUCUGAGGAAAGCUGGCCUUCAGAUCUGGGUGCUGACAGGAGAUAAACAAGAGACGGCCAUUAACAUCGCCUAUGCCUGCAAACUGCUGGACCCAGAGGAAGAGAUCAUCACUCUCAAUGCUGACUCACAGGAGGCCUGUGCUGUAUUGCUUGAGAACAGUUUGCACUACAUCCAAGCCAAGUUCCUUUGCAACUCGCCACCAGAUCCUGCUAGAGACUAUACUGGUGCCCACUUCUCUCCAGCUUGUUCCCCGGCCUCCUCUACACACUCCAGCCCUUUCCUUGUGCACCGACUUGGACUGGUGAUCGACGGCCGCACCCUGGCUUACGCACUGGACAAGAAUUUGGAGGACAAGUUCCUGGCCGUGGCUAGAAGCUGCAGGUCCGUGCUGUGUUGUCGCUCAACGCCCCUGCAGAAGAGCAUGGUGGUGAAAUUAGUGCGUAACAAGCUUAAGGUCAUGACCUUGGCAAUAGGUGAUGGGGCUAAUGAUGUCAGUAUGAUCCAAGUGGCUGAUGUAGGGGUUGGGAUCUCUGGACAGGAGGGCAUGCAGGCGGUCAUGGCCAGUGACUUUGCCCUUCCACGGUUUCGAUACCUGCAGAAGCUACUCUUGGUUCAUGGUCAUUGGUGUUACUCUCGUCUAGCCAACAUGAUCCUCUACUUCUUCUACAAAAACGCUAUGUUUGUCGCCCUCAUCUUCUGGUAUCAGUUCUACUGCGGGUUCUCCGGGUCAGCCAUGGUUGAUCAGUGGUAUCUGAUCUUCUUCAACCUGAUGUUCUCCGCGUUUCCUCAGCUCAUCACCGGCACCUUGGACAAAGAUGUGUCAGCAGAAACCUUGCAGGAGCUCCCUCAGCUCUACAUGAAUGGACAAAACUCAGAGGAAUAUAAACCCUACAUGUUCUGGAUGAACAUGAUUGAUGCCUUCUACCAAAGCCUCAUCUGUUUCUUCAUCCCCUACUUUGCUUAUGCUGACUCUGAUGUAGACUUGUUCACUUGGGGCACUCCAGUCACCACUUUGGCCCUUUUCACCAUUUUGCUCCACUUGGGCAUCGAAACCAAAACCUGGACAUGGAUGAACUGGGUAUCGAUUUGCUUCAGUAUAGCUCUAUUCUUCACUGUGGCUCUGUGCUACAAUUCUUCCUGCCCAACCUGCUUCUCUACCUCUAACACUUACUGGACCAUGCAGAGGCUGUUGGGAGAUUCCAUAUUCUACCUGCUGUGUGUCGUCACACCUGUAGCCGCACUUCUUCCCAGAUACUUUUAUCGAGCCUGUCAGGGAUCUCUGUUCCCAAACCCUGUCCACGUGGGAAGACAGCUGGACAAAUUGCCAGUGGACAUGCGUAGGCUCUUUUUAAGCCAGAGCCAGAUGAAGCUAGGCUCACUGGGGUCGCUGUUUGCCCCUCGCGCCCCACAUUUACCCCUCUGUGGGCCUUUCCAGAAAGACUAUGGGCCUUUAGUGAAGCAAGCCCACAUGAGUGGCACCAAACAGAAGGAAAAAGCUAUAGCCAGCCCCAUCCCAUCCAAGAGCAUGGAGAUGAGGGACACAAUUUUAAGCUCAAAGAACUCUGAGAACCAUAUCAAACUCAACUUCAAAAUGCAGGAAAAAGGGCACUCCUGCAGACAGGGCUCAGGAAGCCCCCUUUUGAGUCCCAUUACAGUCUCCGGCACUCUGCCGUACACCAAAGAUACUCCUGGCACCAGGACUGUUUUGGAUACCAUGGACCUGGAGGCCACGCUAAACCCAACAGACCUCUUUCAGGUCGGUUUGCUCACCUCCACUCCGCUGCUUCCUCAGACUGAGACUAUACAGCUCAUGUCACCACCAAGUAGUCUUUUACAACCAAAGCUAGAAGACAAGGACAAUUCAAAGAAAAGACCCCUCCUACUGAAAAGGGGUGGAGACAUUGACCACACCCUGUCAUCUAGCUGCCCACAAGAACAUUCACUCAAAACAACAUUUCUGUGAUGCUUUCUUCCUGUUACGCUGAUUCCAAUUUGCACGUUAGCUUUAAGAAAUGUUGUUAUAUAUUCAUGAGUAUUUUAUAAAGAUAUAGGUUGGUACUACAUAUAUAUAUUUUAGAUGAAAAAAGUUUAGAAUAAAGAUUAUUUUUGGAGAGAGGCCAGCUUAUGCAAACUGGAUAGUCGUAUGUUUUAUUAUGAUUGACUGUUUUGUGAUACUUUAGUUUUUUCUUUUCCAAACCAUCUCAAAAGUGAAGGAGGUUUGUUCCUCGUGGCACAAGCAGUCCAGAGUCAUUCCUUUAUCUGUUUAUUUGGAUCUGGAUGUUCUGGCGCACUUUAAAGAACCUUCCCCUCCUACCAUCACACACUCCUGAUAGCACUACAAUCGGCCAGUGUUUUUAUAUUUUCCCCACCCCUAAAAUGACAGGAGCUACAGAGAUUUCUUAAAUAUGCCUUAAGAUGUUUUCUGUUAGGCUUCAGUUGGUACCUAGCAAUUUUUUGGGGGGCAAAUGAUGAGUUGCACUCUACACUAUUCACUUGUUGGGAUUUGAUGUUAUGCUGUUAGGACUAUAUUGCGCUCCAGUACAGGAUUAUGUUGAAGCACUUGGAAAUGUACCAGAUCAGUAUAAAUUUGAGACAAGCCUUGUCAAAUCUGCAUGUAAAAAUGUAAUUGUCCUCUAGUGCAUUUGAACACAGUAGUACCUUUCCGUGCAUAUAUACUGAUAUGGUGCUUGCAGCAUUUUCCAGCUCAACUAUUGUUUGUAUGUCUUUUUUAUUUUAUUAAUUUUUGCUGCUUCUUUGCUUUUCUUGGACAGAAACCUGCAGGAUAGGAUUACAUUUUUGCCUCUUUUUUUAUAGUUAUAUCCAAGGCUGUUGCUUAAAUUGACAAGACCCUGGUUCCAAAUAGUAGACUGUACUCUUAGGGCUAUUUAACUCUAUUCCUGAAGGGCUACUGUCCUACAGAUUUUUGUUUCAGCCCUAAUCAAGCAUACCUGCCUAUGACUUUCAAGUAAUCCUGAAGAUCUUGAUUAGCUUGAUGUGUUUGAUUAGGGUUGGAGCAGGACCGGAGUUGAAUAGCCUUCCUAAAUGUGACCUUAGUGUGCCCCCCUACUUACAGGGCCCCAGACGCAGAUUUCUGAAACAUAAGAUGGCAAGGUAAGACUCAUUCAAAUUUGAGGAAAGCGCUACAUGAUUGGUUAGGUUAGGCUUGUAGUUUCUAUAACCAAUCAGUAAGAUGAUGAAUUUUACUGAUUUGUAAUAUUCAGGUAUGGCUUUCUUCUUAAAUAUAAUUGACUCUUGCCCUGCCAUCCUUUGUUUUUGAAAUUUUCACCCUGGACAGUGUUUCUAGUUACUAUCCAUGUGGUCCAUGCAUCAAGCCAUCGCGGUUGAUGGAAGUACAGGAUUUUACUAAGUGCAUGUGUGAACAGAAGGAUAUGUUCCGAUAAUGCUAUUUUACUCAGUGCAGGAAAGAGUGGCUUUAAGCCUAUUUUAGUGCAGUUUAUAUAGUUUUAUAUAAACUUGCAUCUCCUAUUUUCUAUGAUUGUAUUUUUCUGCUCUGUUUACUCUAGCUGGAUCCUUGACCAAAGAUGUAAAAAGCACAUGACUUAUGGAUCUUGGCUGGAGUGUUUGUAAUGUAAUCAGUAGUUUGGGCUGAUUGUUUGAUAAGUUAAUUGGCUCAAGGCUGUGACUCCUUUAUUAAGUGUCUUUGUCCAUCACCAUCACAUGUUGUUACUCUACCCAAAUCAGUCCUUUUUUAAUUACAGGAAGCAUUAUUUAUUGUAUGUUUAUGACUAGCCCUCUGGAAACGGCAAUAUACUUUCACAAAAACAUUCCAUUUUGAUCACUGUCAAUUAAUUAAUGGGCAUGUGCAUGACGGUGUGAUUUCUCUUUUUUUUUUUUUUGAUCUGUAAUGUUGGAAUGCAAUGUUCAGACAUGCACAUGGGUGGUUAGCUUUUAUUCAACAAGAGAAAAUUCCACAAUGCUGCAAAUGUCAGGGGUGUGGUGUAUUAUAGAGUCCCCUAGAGAGAUGCUAAAAUAGCUUUUAUUGAAAGAUUAGUCAUCUUCUGCUCGCAAAACCUCAAGGCCUUGCCAAUCUGUUCAUUUGGGAUCUCAUUUGGGCAGUCACUAUCAAAAUUGCUGAUUUAUGAACAGCCUAUCAGGAAGAUUAUGAGAACCAUUGUACUCAUUACUUAAUAUGUGGUGUGAAUGGAACUUGUUCUGACCAAAAAAAAAAACAAAGGUGUAAAAUCUGAAAACUUUUUCUUCCACAGCUUGACAUUUAUAAAUAAACGCAAAAACCUCAGAUGUUAACAGGAGGGCAAUACAGUGUUAAAGAGUUAGUUCACCCAAAAGUGAGCAUUUUGUCUUUAUUUAUUCACCCACAUAAUGACAGAAUUUUCAUUUUUGAGUGAGCUGUCUCUUUUAGCAUUAAGCUGGGUGUGAUUUUGAGAGAAUGACUGACUGUCUCUGUUAUUGUGUCGAUACCACAGUAAGACCAUGAAGAAGCUAAUAUAGAGCACACAAGUACUUUGUCUCUCAAUUCCCUCUGCUCCUACAAGUGCCUUCUUGAUCUUCUGCACAGCUCAGGUUCAGCAAUAGGAGGGAGCAAUAUUUAUUUUCUAAAUGUUUAUGUUCAUAUCCUGGAAUUUAUGCUGAAAUAAUUGAUCAUUUUAAAUUCAGAGUCGGAUAAUUAGCAAUGGUUGUAUGUACAGAAGUGCCUUUUUCUUUAUAAUACACCAGAAGAACAGUUUUUACAUUGUGGAAUAUAUGUUAUGUGCCUUAACACUGGAGAACACAUAUGUAGAUGACAAGACAUACAGUGAAUUUAUAUACAUGCAGUAUAUGUUAAGUUAUUUUGAAAAUUCUAUUAAGGAAUGAGGUUUAAUAAAAACACUUGUUUUUAAAGAAUUUAAGAGAUCAUGCCAUGUUUGUGCCAGUAAUUGGAUGCCAGGGUUCGUGUCUGUCAAGUUCCUGGCAAAGCAUCACAUGCUGUAAUAGAAGCCAUUUGCAGCUGCAUUCCAAAGCCUUUCCUUAACUGCAGGGCAGAUUACCAGAAGGAAUGCUGUCCUUUCUAGCUUGUCAUAACACAUGCAUGUAACCAUUGGGUAAAAUUUUAUAUACUUAAAUGGCUUUUAUCACUGUCACUACUACGACAGUUUCUGGCUCAUUGUACUAUCAUUGUUUUUUGUCACGGUCACACAAGGUUCAAUGCGUUGUUUUUGUAGAUUCACUACAUUUUCAGCUCUUUAUUAAAAGCACCUGUUUCAAGCGGUUCUGUGACAUUUUAGGGGUUUGUAAAAUUGUGCUCACUCAUGCUAUGUUUGUUUCUUGACAAGAACAAAUCUUCAUGUCAUAAAACUGAAAUAAAUGGUAAAAGAAUGUUUAUGGAUCUCCUCCGCUCUCUCUCUUUUCUUUCUUAUUUUCUUUGUCACCAUAAAGAGUUCUUAUUCAUACGAUAGCUUUGUG